AUGUUUCUCGCAUCCGCAACGCCUUUACCUGAUUAUAAACACGCCGCAAACCAGUCCACGAGAACCCGCGCCCAGUCCCAAGCAAUCGCCCAGGCAAAUCGCAAAUCAUCAUCCACCGGUGGCAGCUCUCGAAGUAAGCAUGGCCAUUCGGUAGAAUCACAGGCUGCGGCAGCAGCCCGGGGAGAUGCCGCUGGCCGGUCGAGUAGCAUAUCCAGUACAACGGCAUCCAGCGCUCUAACACAAAUUACAACCAGCGACUUCCCCCCGAGCGAGGUCUCCGUGAAACCGUUCACCACGCGGAAUGGAAGACAAUAUCUCCAGGACAAUGGCUUACCUUACCCGCUUCCCUGCGAUCUGACCGAACUUCACCGACAAACGCUGCGGACCAUGCUGCUAUGUCAGGUUUUCAAUGGGCCUCUUUGCUCACCUGCUUUCAACGACAAGCCCCCCAAACGCGUGUUGGAGGUUGGAUGUGGAACGGGGUUUUGGAGCGUGAUGUGCCAUCGACAUUUCUCACAACGGGGCUUCUCUUCAAUAUCAUUCACGGGGAUUGAUAUCGCACCUGUAUCGCCGGGAAUGGCUUCAGAGGAUGAUAUGAAUUGGAGGUUUUUGCAGCAUGAUCUACGCCGGGUCCCGCUGCCCUUCCGAGAUGGCGAGUUUCAUUUAAUCAUGGCGAAGGAUAUAAGCAUGGCCACGUCGACAACCGGAAUGCAGCAGGCGCUGAUGGACGAGUAUUUGCGGAUUCUGAAGCCCGGUGGCACGUUGGAGAUUUGGGAUAGCGACCAUUCGUUACGAAUGCUGUUACCGCACGCGCCACCCUCUACGAAUGAUGAAGCCGAAAACAACGAUGACGAGGAACAAGUACACACGAAUGCUAUGGGUACAUACACAUUAACGCCACAAACUCCCUUGGCGACGCCGCAGAACCAGUAUCUGAUAGAAUAUAAUGGAUGGAUAACUAAAGCGCUCGAGGCAAGGAAUCUAACCCCAAUGCCCUGCACGACAAUGCGACCUCUGCUCCUCCAGGAAUCCGAGGAGUUGGUCGACAUAGAUAACCGCCGUUUGGCAAUCCCACUGGGCGAACUGCGAUGGGAGCGAGAAGGAGUUGGUGGCGCCGUCACCCAAGGCACAAACGGGCUGUCAAUCUCCAAAGGCAAAUCGAGAGACGUCGAGCGGAAGACGUUGACUGCCGGCCAACUAGCCCUUCGUAAAACAGCCCUUCUGACCGUUGUCCAGAUGAUUGAGAGCCUGGAGCCAAUACUCAGGGAUAUCAGUGGGAAGGGCCAGGACGAGUGGGAUCGCUGGCAGGGGAAUAUGAUGAAUGAUUUGCUCAAGAACAAUGGCACGUCCUGGGGAGAGUGCUUGGAGGUGGGCGCGUGGUGGGCGCGGAAGAAGAAGCCGCCGACUUGA